AUGCAGUUCGCCCGAAGCAAGAUGGCCGCCCCCAUGCAGCUCGGGAUGGCGAAAGCGGCCCUGCGGGUGUCUUUGCAGAGUGCAGAAUGUUUACUGAAUCCUGCCCGCUUGGCUGCGUCCUCUCUCAUGAUCCCAGUGAGAACAAAGAAGCGACAUUUCAUUCCACCUUCUGCCAACCCAAAGUAUGUGACACCAGAACAGCAACAAAUGCAUGCCAGGGCUGCGGGCAUUGUGAUCCCUCAUGAACGGCUAGUGCGCCCCAUGAAUAUUUCCUGCACAGCUGGGAUCUUCGACCCUUACAUUCCUCCAGAAGGAGAUGCUCGCCUUUCAUCUUUGUCGAAGGAGGGAUUGAAGCAGAAGGUGGAGCAGUUUAAGCAGAGUGCGGCUUCCCAGUUGGCAAUCCGGAAGAUCAAAGAUCACAUCCCUGACUUCAGCACCAAAACUUUUGCAGUGACAGCCCAGGAUAUUUUUAUUGAAGCUCACAAUAGUUUGACAAACUUUAACAAGCAGAAGCUUCACUCUUUAGUGACGGAACGCUGUUAUCCGGAGAUGGUACGUGGGAACAGAUACAAGACUAUCCGCUGGAGUUUCGUGGAGUCCCUGGAGCCCCCUCGUGUGGUUCAAGUGCGAAGCACCGAUAUGGUGAACAAGGGCAACCUGUACGGGCAAGUGACAGUCCGCAUGCAUAGCCGGCAGACUCUAGCUAUCUACGACCGGUUUGGCCGGCUGAUGUAUGGCGGGGAGCAGAUACCAAAGGACGUCCUGGAAUACAUCGUGCUGGAAAGACAUUUGGUCAACCCGUACAGUCCCUGGCGAUUGCAUGGCAAGAUUGUUCCAUCUUGGGCUCCACCGAAAGACGCUGUCACAAAGACUGUUAUGAUCCCAGGCCCACCUCUGAAACCUUCGCAGGAAUAUGAAGAAAUCAGCAUUCCGCAAGCCACGCCAACGCAACAGACUGUGAUAUGA